AUGGCCCUCGCUGACCAUGCCGACGGGGACAGGGCGGCCGCCGAGCCCCCGCCGGCCGCGAAGCCGACGGCCCCGCCGCCCUUCCGCGUCCCGAGGACUGCGGGAGAAGGGGACCGGCGGCACCGCCGCAGCGUUCACCCCGGUGCCCGGCCUCCGCUCCCGCCCCGUCACCGCUCGCACGCAGCGCUGUCCGCCAUGUUAGCGCGGCGGCCGUUGACCCUCCGCCCGCCGCCGCCGACACUCUCCCGGGUGCGGGGGUCCCGCUGCCCGCCCGCUCGGGCCCCGCACUGCGGCCCCGCACCGCCCGGCGCGCCGGGGGACAGGGGGAGCUCCGGCUCUGACUCAUUCCGCCGCUCUCCAUCUGCCGCUGCCGGUGGCAGCCGGUCUCGCCCCACGCCGCCGGGCGAAGAAAGGGCAGCGGGAGGAACCGGCCCCAUCCCCAAACCUCCCCGGCAGUCACCGCCACGGUUCUGCCCGCCGGCUGCCCCUCCGCCCUUUCCGGGCACCACGACCAUCGCUGCCCGUCCCUCCCUGCACUGCCCCGAGUCCCAGGUCCCGGGCAGAGGGAAGCCCCUAACGCUACCACCCGCCGCCGGUGACCACGGACGCUCCGGCCCGGUUCGGAGCUUGGGGUGGGCGUCGCCACCGCUUCCCUCCCUCACUUUCACCACCUCCCCCACGGGGGGCGAGAGCCCCAGGACUCCCGCUCGGGCGGAAUUUUUAAAGAGGGAUGUGGGAACCUACAGCAGAAAUACAGGCGGCGGCAGCGGCGCCUUCCAGGGCCAUAGGCUGCGGGGGCGGCCGGCGGGGAAAGCGCAGCACAGCGCUGGGAGCAGAGGGCACAGGCGAAGAGAGACAGAGCCGGAGCGGGCCGGGGGCUGCGGCAGCGGCGAGCGGAGACGGGAGCGCGGCCGACGAGCUGCGAGCGAGCGAGCGGAGACACGGGGCGAGAAGAAGGGGCCGUCGCCGGCGCGCUUUUAUAGAGCGGGCGGCUGGGGCGGGACCCGGGCCGCCGUCACCGCAGCGGGGCGGGAUCCGCCGCCUUCCCCUGCCGCGCCGGCCGGGGCGCGCUGGCCCAGGCAGUGA